GGGUGGAAGACCAAAACAGAAAGAUUCGGGGGCUCCGUGAUUCUUGAUGUUUUAUUGGAAAUUCAUGGUUAUUACGGAGUGACAGGUGGCGAUAUCGUUUUUUAAGAAGAAGCUGGAAGAGUAAGAAUCAGCAGAAUGUCCAAAUACGUCGACUUGGCGAAGGUACCCACAACCUACGCAAAACGAAUGAAUCGCCUGAGCAAUCGUAUCUUCGGUGAGGUAUUGCGACCAACUGACAAUAAAUCGAUGAAAGUCGUCACCCUAUUCAGCGAAAAACCGGUGAACAAACGUCCUGAGAUUGUUGACUAUUAUCCCAGGCAUGUGGAGAUCGGAUGGCUGAUGAAAAAUUUGAGGGAGUACGGUCUCUUCCGAGAUGAACAUCUGGAUUUCAAAGAGGAGAUUGAGAGACAGAGGAUUCUGAAGGGGAAGAAACCCAGGAGGAAGUAUCAAGGGCCUCCGAAGGGGGAGAAGAAGAAGGAGGAAUAGGUCUCGUUUUCAUUUCUGUUACUAGGAUAAUUAAUUCAAUAUGCAAUAAAUUUUUUUGGAUUUUUAAGAGUA